AUGAGUCACGGAUACAUCGAACUAACUCAUCAAACUAUGGAGCACUAUACUCGUCCAGAAGCGGAAGAAAAGAAGCUCAGGCGGGAAAAAGAACAACGACUGUGCGGAUUUGUUGUUCAUCGAAAAUGGAAGGAGGUGCUUAAGAUGUACGAGGAUGAUCCAAGUCUUCUCAAGGUCAGAUUUAAUGGCUUGUCAGGAAACACUGCGUUGCAGAUAGCAGUAUCUGAUGGGAACGAGGAAGUGGUGAAGCAGAUACUGGAUAUUGUGACGCAUUAUGAAAAAAUAAGCAGAUAUUAUGGUGUUAGAGAAAUUCUGCGAUCUCGUAAUGUUGGAGGGAACACUGCAUUGCAUUUAGCUGCUGCAAAUGGGAAUGACAGAAUGUGUCACAUAAUUGCUAGCGUCCACCCUUCACUGGAUGAGCGUAACGUCAAGGGCGAAACACCUCUCUUCUUGGCUUCUUUUUAUGGCCAAAAACAAGCUUUUCUUUGCCUUCAUUAUGCGCAAAAUCCUCACGUCUUUUUUGCCUUCUAUGUUAACUGUAGAAGGAACAAUGGCGACACCUGUCUUCACUGUGCAAUAGCCGGAGACCAUUUUGAUCUUGCAUUUCAAAUAAUUCACCUGUAUCCAGAUCUUGUGGGCUGUGUGAACGAGGUUGGGUUAUCUCCUCUCCAUCUGCUAGCAAUGAAGCCUUCUGCUUUCAGAAGUGGAAGCCGCCUAGGACGAAUAGAGACCAUCGUUUAUAACUGUAUAAUCGUUGAAGAGCUUAAGGUGCAACUAACAUAUGAACCACAAAGUUGCCCAAAUACUGUCGAGGAUACAUGUUGGAAUGUUUUCAGCUUCUUGCAACCUCUAGUUGAUAAGGUUGUAAGAAAAAGAGAUGAAGUUGAUGGAGACAAAGUGGGGGAUCCGGAAGAAGUGGCAAACUCAAGAUUCAUCACUGGCCAUGGGGGUAAGCCGGAGAAUCCAUUAUUUCCAGCUAAUUACACAACCUGUUGCGAUUUGAUCAAGUUCUUUGCCAAGGGCUUUGGAUAUUUCUUGCUAAAAUCUGACGGAUUUAAGAAGAUACAACGAAAGGAGAGUCAUACAUGGUCCGUCCAAAUAGUUGAGGAACUUCUUUGUAGGGCUUCCUUGUAUCAGUACAAGAAUAAUGGGUGCGAACCCCUCAGCUUAUCUUCAGUGAAAGGCAAAAGCCCUGGCAUCAAACCGGUAGACAACGAAGGCUUUAUGAGACCUCUCAGCAUCGCUGCCCCAACAAACAAACUCGAUCGACAGCAUGAAGGACCGAGCUAUUUUUGGGAGGACGACUCCUCUUCUUUGGACCACGAUGAAAUAGAAUUUAUUCCGAUGAGAAAAGAAUCGGACGGACUAGGUAACUGGAUUCAUGAAGGCAACAAGCUCCGCAACAUAAAGGACAGAGAAGGCCGUGGGGCGAUGGAGACGCCGCUACUAGUGGCUACGAGGAACGGUUUGAUGGAGAUAAUAGAGAAAAUUCUGGAAUUUACACCGGAGGCUAUUAACGAGGAGAAUGGAGAUAAGAAGAACAUGGUGUUACUGGCAGUAGAACACCGGCAAACACAAGUGUAUAAGUUGUUGAUGGAUAAGAACUUGUAUACAGAGAGCAUGUUUCGUCAGGUAGAUAAGGAGGGUAACAGUGCAUUGCACUUGGCAGCCACACUCGGUGACUACAGGCCUUUGCUCAUUCCCGGCGAAGCUCUUCAAAUGCAAUGGGAAAUCAAGUGGUAUGAGUUUGUAAAAUCAACAAUGCCACUUGGUUUCUUUCCACUACACAACUCUAAUUACGAAACUCCAGAAGAAGUCUUCACCAAAACUCACAAGGGCCUUGUGAAAAGUGGUGGCGACUGGCUAAACAAAGCUGCAGAAUCCUGCUCGGUUGUGGCCGCGCUAAUUGCUACGGUGGCCUUCGCUACAUCAGCCACUGUGCCUGGCGGCAUCAAUCAAGAUUCCGGCUAUCCAGUGCUCAAAAAGGAGCCGGCAUUCCAAGCGUUUGCCAUCUCAUCACUCAUAGCCUUAUGCUGCUCCAUCAUGGCAGUGGUGACGUUCCUAUCAUUACUCACAUCUCGAUUUCAAGAGCAAGACUUUUACAGAGACUUGCCCAAGAAGUUACUCUUAGGUUUGACAUUGUUGCUUAUGUCGAUUGCUUCCAUGUUGGUGUCAUUCUGUGCUGGACAUUUCUUCCUCCUCAAGGAUCAACUUCACCAUGCUGCUUUUCCUCUCUAUGUGGUGACUUCCCUCUUUGUCACAUGUUUUGUAUUGGCACAGUUUCCACUCUACUUUGAUUUCUUAAAGGCCAUCUUUCUUGAAAUGCCGCAACGUGGUUACAAGGCCACGUGA